GGCAGCGGCGCCUCCGGGCGGGCAGGGGGCGCUGCGGGCGGCGCGGGCCGCGCACGCCGGGAGGCGGCUGUUCCGCCGCCGCCGCCGGGAGCCGCGCGGAGCCGGCCGGAGCCGCGCGGAGCGGAGCGGGCGCCGCGGGGCGCCAUGGCGCGCAGGCUGUGCAUCCCCCUCGUGCUGGCUGCUCUCCCUGCCAUGGCUGCCGGUGAAGAAGUCUCCGCUGCCCUGCAGGACUCAUGGGGCGACUUCUGGCUCUUCCGUUUCUUCAUUAACGCUGCUGGCUACGCGAGUAUUGUGGUGCCAGGGUUCCUCCUCAUCCAGUACUUUAAGAGAAAGAAUUACCUGGAGACAGGCCGGGGCAUUUGCUUUCCUGUCAUUAAAUCAUGUGUAUUCGGCUCUGAGGUGAAGUCUGCGCACCAAGAGGAUGGCUCUCUCCCGGCCCGAGCAGAGCCCACAGAGUCCACUACAGCUCGACAGGUCUUCAAGCUGCUCUUCUGUGCUGCUGGCCUGCAGGCCUCCUACCUGACAUGGGGUAUCCUCCAGGAGCGUGUGAUGACAAGGACGUAUGGUGCCACUGACACGGACCCUGGCGAGAAUUUUAAGGACUCCCAGUUCCUGGUGUUCAUGAACCGCAUCCUGGCCUUCACAGUGGCUGGUUUGUACUGCGCCCUGACCAAGCAGCCACGCCACGGCGCUCCUAUGUACAAAUACUCCUUUGCCUCCCUCUCCAACAUCCUCAGUAGCUGGUGCCAGUAUGAGGCACUCAAAUACAUCAGCUUCCCCACACAGGUGCUGGCCAAGGCCUCCAAAGUGAUCCCUGUGAUGAUGAUGGGCAAACUGGUGUCACGCAAGAGUUACGAGUAUUGGGAGUACCUGACUGCUGCCCUUAUCUCUGUGGGGGUCAGCAUGUUCCUGCUCUCCAGUGCUCCCAACAGGCAUGUGUCCACUGUCACUACUUUCUCGGGCAUAGUCCUCCUGGCUGGCUACAUCAUCUUUGACAGCUUCACCUCCAACUGGCAGGAUGCCCUUUUCACCUACAAGAUGUCUCCUGUGCAGAUGAUGUUUGGCGUCAACGUUUUCUCCUGCCUCUUCACAGUGGGCUCGCUCUUGGAGCAGGGUGCCUUGCUGGAGUCAGCACGCUUCAUGGCCCGCCACUCGGAGUUCACAGCCCAUGCUGUGCUGCUGUCGGUGUGCUCUGCCUGUGGCCAGCUCUUCAUCUUCUACACCAUCAACCAGUUUGGGGCUGCUGUCUUCACCAUCAUCAUGACACUCCGCCAGGCCUUUGCCAUCCUCCUCUCCUGCCUCAUCUACGGGCACACUGUCACCGUCGUGGGAGGGCUGGGUGUAGCUGUUGUCUUCAUGGCCCUCUUCCUUCGUGUCUACGCUCGCAGCCGCAUGAAGAAGCGAAGUAAGAAGCUACCACCAGGCGAAACCCCUGUACAGAAGGUCUAAGGAACUGGGGCCAUGGCAUCUGAGCUGUCCCCGCUGUCCUGCCUCCGGUCGGGGGCACCUGCUUGAUUUCUCCCUUCUUUGUGAACCCACUGAGAAGCAGGGUAGGAUGGAUAGGCUGGACCAGUGACUCACCUUUCCACCUGCUUUUCCUGGGGAAGGGGCUGGAACAAGCCCGGGGAAGCCAGGCAUCCUUCGAGCUGCCGCAACUCCAAGCCUUUCCAUUUGCCUUAAUGGGUUGAGGCUGUCAGCCAAGGCAUGGGUCUGGGAGCUCAGAUCCAGGGAGAAAACCGGCAUGGGGCUGCUGGGACUCCUGCCCUCACCCUACCUGUGACUCACAGCUUCUCUCCAAGGUCACUGGUGAACAAGAGACCCUUUUUCUCUGGCACCAUCUUGCCUCACGCUCCUGCAUUUCUAUCACUACUACAGAGCUUAGUAGGAGGCAAGGGCAAGAAAAACACAACUUUAUCUUUGCAACACCUCUAUGUGAGGCAAGUGCCAGGCUGAGCCUGUCCCAAGAGGGAGCGAGGUGGAAGCUCUCAGCCCCCUAGCCUCUGCUCCCCAGCCAGGAGGUGCUCCAGGUGGGAUAGGCAUGGCUAAGGGAAGGACUCUCAGCCUGUCCUGCCCUAGGUGGGAGAUCUGCUUUGGGAGAGCACUCUGGAGUCAUAACCAGUACCUCCCAGUUUGGUUUUCUUGGUCCUCUGCCCCUGUUCCAAGUCGCUUUUCUUUGCUUCUCCGAAUCCAGGCUGAUUUUUAUGCAGACUGAGGCUGGCCAGCUGAAGGCUUGCUGAGUUGUUUUAAGUUGCUUUUCGGUUACAUCUGCUGCUGUCACAGGCCAAAGGCUGCAAUGCCCAGAAUGCCCCAGCACCACCUUGGGGUGUCUCUGUACCAUGGUUUCUGGGCUUCGUACUUGCCAUUUAGAAAAGCACAAAUACUCCUUCUAUUUCCUGCUGGCUGGAGGCAUCAGUCCCAGCUUUCUUGGGGCCUGGCCACAACCAGAGAUGGGGCAGAGUCCACUGCUGCGCCUUGUUCCUGCUCCACAGGCAGCAGGGAUGAAGCGACUGGAAGCUACUUCCCCCAGCUCUUCCCCAGGAGCCCAGGUUUUAGUGGUUAACCCUUUUCUCCCUAACAUAACCUGACUGACAAGCUGGCAGGUUUUGGUACUUUUGAAAGGCAACUUUUUUCUCUUUUUAUUUUAUUAAAUUAAAAAUAUGCUGCAUAUCA